AUGAGCCGCUUCGGGUGUAGUGGGACACAAAGCAAUCGUUUGUUUUCGUCGGAGACCGGAGGUUGCGUGCUGCUGCUGAUGUCGAUGCUGCUAGCGACCACACCUAGCCCUUCGGUCGUAGCCGUUUCUACGUCAGCCGCGUCCCUCCGAACGCCAAACCGUGACACGGCCGGUUGGUACGAGCCGGGCGACGACGAGGAAGGUUACUGUGCGCCAUACAAUGGGAAGGUUUGCAAGCGGUUCAUCAACAGCCGACAGGUUUGGUACAGCCGCGAGGACGGAACCGGUGGGUGGGAGAACGAAAAGAUCACCACCGCACUGUUUGACGAUCUUAUCAACGAUCUGCCCUCUUACUGUCGACCAGCAGCUGAGAAAUUGCUGUGUGCGUACGCGUUCCCACAGUGCGUGAUCAAGGAAGGCACUACGAUCCGGUUGCCGCUCUGCUAUGAAGACUGUGUCGCAACGUAUCUGCAGUUUUGCUACAACGAUUGGGCGUUGAUCGAAGAGAAAAAGGAACGGGGAGACGUCAUAAAGUCGAGGGGACAUUUCCGGUUACCGAACUGUGAAGAGCUGCCACGCUAUAAUCGCACCGCCAAACCUCCCGUCUGCUCUCACGUUGGCCUGACCGAGCUCGUCUCGGAGGAAGUUACUUAUGACUGCCGUAUGGGUAAUGGGCGGUUCUAUCUGGGUACGGCAAAUGUGUCCACCUCGGGUAUACCGUGCCAGAAGUGGGAUUCGCAGGAGCCACACUCGCACCACAAACCGCCGCUCGUGUUUGCGGAGUUACAGGACGCCGAAAACUAUUGCCGGAAUGCGGGCGGAGAAGAGCCCACACCGUGGUGCUACACGACCGAUAAAACCGUCCGGUGGCAGGCCUGUGACGUUCCGCUCUGCCCGAAUUCUACCGACGCCAGUGACAUCCGUACGAAGGUCGAUAUGACGAUGGAGUCGGUGUUUACUCCUUCGAUGAUUUUCCUGCUGUCGGGCAUUGGGUUCGUAGCGAUCGUCCUGCUGCACCUGAUGGUGCUGCUCUGCUACCGGGUGUCGCGCCAUCGGCACAACCGCCGACCGGCCGGGGCGGCCAGCUACAACGCAAGCAACGCGACAGGAACAACCGAUCCCGGUGGGAUCGACAUCAACAAACUGCCUUCGAACGUAAACUACCAUCGCACCGGUGCCCAGCUCAAUCCGAAGCUCGAGAAGCUCGAGUUUCCACGGAACAACAUCAUCUACAUAAAGGACCUUGGCCAGGGCGCAUUCGGGCGCGUGUUUCAAGCGAAGGCACCCGGACUGGUGGCGGGUGAAGAUUUUACGCUGGUCGCAGUGAAAAUGCUCAAGGAUGAGGCCAGCCAGGACCUGCAGGUGGACUUUGAGCGCGAGGCGUGCCUGCUGGCCGAGUUCGAUCACCCGAACAUCGUGAAACUGCUCGGCGUGUGUGCGAUCGGUCGGCCGAUGUGCUUGCUGUUCGAGUUUAUGGCCCGUGGUGAUCUGAACGAGUUCCUGCGACAGUGCUCUCCGUUUGCACAACAGAACCGUGCCGACAGCAUCAGUACCGAGCUGUCGCAUGGUGAUCUGCUAAACAUUGCGCACCAGAUCGCCUCCGGUAUGAUGUAUCUGUCGGAGCGCAAGUUUGUGCACCGCGAUCUGGCCACCCGGAACUGCUUGAUCGAUGACCACAUGGUGGUGAAGAUAGCGGACUUUGGUCUGUCGCACAAGAUCUACCUUCAGGACUACUACAAGGGCGACGAGAAUGACGCCAUCCCGAUUCGCUGGAUGCCCCUCGAGAGCAUCCUCUACAACAAGUACACGAUCGAAUCGGACGUGUGGGCGUAUGGAGUGUGCCUGUGGGAGAUUUUCUCAUUCGCCAUGCAACCGUACUACGGCAUGACGCACGAGGAGGUGGUCAAGUUCGUGAAGGAAGGCAACAUGCUCGGGUGCCCGGAGAAUACGCCCCUGACGGUGUACGAUCUGAUGCGCCGCUGCUGGAGCCGGAAGCCGAACGAUCGGCCCAGUUUUCACGUGAUCUACCAGAAGCUGCAGCAAAUUCGGGCCGACUUCGAUGGGAAGAUGCUAAUGUAG